CGCAGCAGUGCUCUGCAUUAUGCGCUCGCGAAUCCGCCAUCCUCCCUCUGUUCAGUGUGUUGUUCACAGUUUUUCUUGCUCAGCAAAGAUAACCGGCGACAGGAAGCUGGCAACUUGCAUUGAUUGUAUGUAUGUAGUGGAUCUGAGCGGCGACUGAAAGCUGGCAACUUGCAUUGAUUUUAUGUAUGUAGUGGAUCUGAGCGCUCCAAUACGUGCAUUGCUACGUCAAAUUUUACUUGACAAACAUGGAGGUUUAUUUUGGCCUACAUUGUCUUUAUAAGUAGAUUUGAGCUAUGAUAGAUUGACCUGCUGAAACUUUAUUUUUGACAAUAAGAGGAGCCCCCACAUUACUCAUUUUCUGCCAGCUGGAUUACAGGAUUGUAUGAUAACUUUUGAAGUUCAAGAUGCAGGUCCGAACGGUCCUUGAAGUGAAAGUUAUGGAUGUGCAGAAGAAGCGGAAUCCCUCUAAACAUUACGUGUACCUCAUCAAUGUCACAUACUCUGACUCCACCUCUCAUGUCAUCUACAGGAGAUACAGCACUUUUUUUGAUCUCCAGAUGCAGAUCCUGGACAAGUUCCCAGUGGAGGGAGGUCAGAAGGACCCCAAAAAGAGAAUAAUUCCCUUCUUACCAGGUAAACUCUUAUUUCGGCGAAGUCAAGUCAGAGACGUGGCUGUGAAAAGGUUGAAGCAUCUUAAUGACUACUGCAGAGCUGUGAUGAGGCUCCCUAACCAGAUCUCCCAGAGUGAGGAGGUGCUGAGUUUCUUUGAAACCAAGGCUGAGGACAUCAACCCUCCUAAAGAGGACUAUGGGGGAUCCACCAAACACAAAUCAGGUUUGGAUGGUGCCGAUCCUAUGCUACUGGAGCAGUACAUGGUGGUGGCCAACUAUGAGAAGCAGGAGCCGGCGGAAAUCAGCCUGCAGGCCGGCAAACUGGUAGACGUCAUCGAUAAGAGCGAGAGUGGCUGGUGGUUUGUCAGUACAGCGGAGGAGCAGGGCUGGGUCCCUGCCACAUACCUGAAUACCCACAGCAACACACGGGAUGACCUGGAGCUGGGCGCCUCCAAGUCCAGGGAAGUCACUAAGCACCGUAAGGCCCAUCUGAAGAGGCUGGACCGGAGAUGGACCCUGGGGGGAAUGGUCAGCAGGCAGCAGAGCCGAGAGGAGAAGUAUAUGACGGUGCAGCCAUACACCAGCGAGGGAAAGGAUGAGAUCGCCUUUGAGAAAGGAGUCAUCGUGGAGGUCAUCCAGAAGAACCUGGAGGGUUGGUGGUUCAUCAGGUACCAGAAUAAGGAGGGCUGGGCCCCGGCCUCCUACCUGAAGAAGGUGAUGGAGGACUUCUCUCCCCGUAGUAGUAAUAAGAAGACCCCAUUGACUGGCCCGGUGGAGAUAAUCAGCAACAUCAUGGAGAUCAGCAACCUGCUGAACAAGAAGGCCCUGAGUGAGAAGGACGUGCAGACAGACGGCCAGCCAGAGGACAACCCCCUAACCACCCCCUCCCUGAUCAAGAGGCAGAUCAGCCUGCCCAUACCCUGCUCUAGCUCGGACUUCAGCCCUGGUGCCGCACUGGUGGAUGUUAAGGGCAAAGUAGAACCAGCCUCUCCAGUCAUAGCCCGCAUUGCUCCUCACAGAAUAGAGAUCGGCUCCCCAAUCCUCAGACAAAAGCCACCUCCUCGCAGAGAUGCAACUCUGGGAUUCAAUUUACCCUCGCCACCAGAGCCCCCUACUGUUGAAGCAGAGUACUACACCAUUGCAGAGUUCCAGUCCGUCAUUUCAGAUGGCAUCAGUUUUAAUGGAGGGCAGAAAGCAGAUGUGAUCGAGAAGAACUCUGGUGGCUGGUGGUAUAUCCAGAUUGGUGAGAAAGAGGGCUGGGCUCCCUGCUCCUACAUCGACAAACGAAAGAAGCCCAACCUAAACCGCAGAACCAGCACUCUGAGCCGGCCCAAAGUCCCGCCCCCAGCCCCGCCCGUCAAGAAGCAGGACUCUGAGGAGACUAUCCCUACCAGCAUUCCUGGUUCCGAGGUUCCAGAGUCCCCUGCAUCUCCUGGAAGGCCUUUGUACGAGGAGCCAGAAUAUGAUAUUCCUGCCAUUGGGUUUGAUCUGGAGUCAGAGUUUGAGUUCCUCAGGACAGAUGGGUCCUCAGCGGAUGGGAAGAACGAGGAUAGCUCCUCAGAGAAGGGCUCUCACCUUUCCUCCAAGCCAUCUCCGUCCUCUUCUCUCCAUAGCGCCUCCUUCAAGAUGGGCGAGUCGUCCGAGGACGUGGGGCAGGAAGAGGAGGAGCCUGAGGGAGAGGAGUGUAUCUAUGAGAAUGACUGCUUCAUGCGUUUCAGAGAGAUGCCUUAUACACAAUCCAGUGGCGACUCAGACUUCCUGAAGAUUAGUGCCCCGUUGGAGACUAGCAAAGCUGAAAACUCUCACUCCAUGUUUGGGGCAAGGAGAAAAGGGAAGACAAUCCAGCUGAACGGCAGCCAGUCCCUGUCUCAAACCAAAGCAGAGGCCGGGGCAUCCAGCUCUAAACCUGCCACUACAGAGUCCAACCCAGAUCUCUCCAAGCAGUCCAGGCCCAAGAAGGACAAAGAGGAGCACAAGAUGGGCUCCACCAAGUCCUCCACCAAACCUAAGCCAUUGGUCAGGCCUAAGCCCCAGCUGGCCAAGGCCUCCAGUGCAGAGAAAAUGGACAUCGGCAGCCUCCGGAGACAACUUAGGCCUACAGGCCAGCUGAAGAAGGGCUCCAGAGGAGAAGACUUUGAAACAGCCUCUGUCAUCUCCUCUGAGGACUCUGUGUCCUCCCACAGCACCUCCGACAUCUCCUCCAUCUAUUCUAAAGGCAGCCGGGGAGACUCAGACGAGGGCUGCAGUCUCUACCGCACUACAGAGGCCUAUGAGAAGGUCCAGGACUCAGAGAUGAGCUUCCCUCCCGGGGUGGAAGUGGAGGUGCUGGAGAAGCAGGAGAGCGGCUGGUGGUACGUCCGCUUGGGCGACACUGAGGGCUGGGCUCCAACCUACUACCUGGAGCCUGUCAGGCAGCUAGACGACAAAGCUGGGUCAGAGUCCGAUGGCACCCCUACCAAACUGGGCAGCCUGAGCAAGUCCAACAGCCUGGAGAAGAAUGAGCAGAGAGUCCAGGCCCUGAACAACAUCAACCAGAGCCUAAAGAGGAGCAUACCACCCAUCCCCUCCAAGCCCUUUGGCCUGUUCAAUGGCUCUCAGAAGAAUGUUUUGAAACAGCAGCAGGUGGUCAGGCCCCAGUCUGUCUUCAUCUCCAAGCCAAUCAUCGACGGGCCAAACCCAGUAGGCUCCCUUAGGAGGGGUGAGUCACUCAAUUCCACUGACCACCCACGCUCUAGUCCCAGCUUGCGCCGCAACGCUUCCUUUGGUACUAACCCGCGGUGCCCAGUGCCGAAUGGUAACAUGGCAAACCGGAACAGACCCGGCACGGGAAGCUCCGAAUCACUGGGCCGGGGGACUCAGAGGAACGGUCUACCUAUUUCCACGGUGAAACCCAAAACCCACCUCAUCCACAACAACCUCCAUGAGGUGUAUGUCUCCAUAGCGGAUUACCAUGGUGAUGAGGAGACCAUGGGGUUCCCCGAAGGAACGACUCUGGAGGUUCUGGAGAGGAACCCUAAUGGGUGGUGGUACUGCCAGAUCCUGGACGGAGGUCGACCUCGAAAAGGCUGGGUCCCCUCAAAUUACCUGGAAAGGAAGAGCUAGUAACACACUAUUAUUCAGUGCAUGUGCAAUCAGGUCAGAGACCAUGGAAGACAGUGGAGAUGGUGGAGAUGGAAAUGGAAAGACACUGUUUAUUUACAGUGUAAGAAGACACCAUUUAUAGUAUCAUUGAAGUGGUAUACUUUGUGUUUUCUAAACUGAGGGCGGCCAACCAAUCCUGCAUAUAAUUACUUGACAUUUUAUUAUUCUAAUCUGAAGUGACAAAGAAAAUACUUCAAAGUAUACUUUUUUGACAGGAUUUUAUCUAUUCACAGAUAGCCGGGGGUUGGAACAAAUACCUUUGGCAUUAAAAUCAGCAAAAGGUCAAUCAAAUAUUUAACAAAAUAAUUAAACAAAGUGGUUGAUUUGAUGAAAUGUGCUUUUUGAUCCAAAAUGGAAGAAUAAUGGGAUUUGGACACCAGUGGAAGAGCUUUGAACAGCUUUGGCUGAUCAUGGUGAGAUUUUGUGACAUGAUAACAUUACUUAAUGAUCUCCAAUGGGCAACAAAUUAUUCACUUCUAAUGAUAUUUGAUCAUAUAAUGUUUUUUUAUGAUUUCUUCUUUAAAGGUCCAACGCAGCCAUUUUUAUAUCAAUAUCAAAUAAUUUCUGGGUAAAAAUAAGUAGCUUACUGUGAUUGUUUUCAAUUAAAAUAGUCAAAAAUAAACAAAAAUAGCUUGUUAGCAAAUAGCAAUAGGUUUAUUAACUAAUUUACUCAAAUAGCUUUUACUCUAAAAGGGCAUUAUCAUAUAUUUUUUUACAAUUUCACAGUAUUAUUCUAACAUGAUAGUGUGUAAAUAUAUAUACAGUGCAUUUGCAAAGUAUUCAGACCUCUUCCACCUUUUCCACAUUUUGUUACGUUACAGCCUUAUUCUAAAAUGGAGGAAAUCCUCAGCAAUCUACACACAAUACCCCAUUACGACAAAGCAAAAACAGGUUUUUAAAACCUUAUUUAUAUAAGAAUUCAGACACUAUGCUAUGAGAAUCGAAAUUAAGCUCACGUGCAUCCUGUUUCCAUUGAUCAACCUUGAGAUGUUUCUACAACUUGAUUGGAGUUCCUUGAUUGGAGAAACUUCCAGAAGGACAACCAUCUCUGCAGCACUCUACCAAUCAGGCCUUUAUGGUAGAGUGGCCAGACGGAAGCCACUUCUCAGUAAAAUGCACAUGAUAGCCCGCUUGAAAUUUGACAAAAUGCACCUUAAUGAAUGUCUCUCAGACCAUGAGAAACAAGAUUCUCUGGUCUGAUGAAACCAGGCUUGAAUGCCAAGCGAAGCGUCACGUCUGUAGGAAACCUGGGACCAUGGGGGUGGAAGCAGCAUGCUGUGAGGUUGAUUUUCAGUGGCAGGGACUGGGGGACUAGUCAGGAUUGAGGGAAAGAUGAACAGAGCAAAGUACAGAGCGCCCCAGAGCGCUCAGGGCCUCAGACUGGGAUUAAGAUUCACCUUCCAACAGGACAACGACCCUAAGUACACAGCCAAGACAACGCAGGAGUGGCUUCGGGACAAGUCUCUGAAUGUCCUUGAGUGGUCCAGCCAGAGCCCGAACUUGAACAAAAUCGAACAUCUCUGGAGAGACCUGAAAAGAGCUGUGCAGCAACACUCCCCUUCCAACCUGACAGAGUUUAAGAGGAUCUGCAGGGAAGAAUGGAAGAAACUCCCCAAAUACAGGUGUGCCAAGCUUGUAGCUUCAUACCCAAGAAGACUCAAGGCCGUAAUCCCUGCCAAAGGUUUUUCAACAAAGUACUGACUAAAGGGUCUGAAUACUUAUGGAAAUGUAAUAUUUCAGUAUUUUAUUUUUAAUACAUUUGCAAAAAUAUCUUAAAACCUUUUUUUGCUUUGUCACUUUGGGGUAUAAUUUGUAGAUUUGACGAGGAUUUUUUUUUUAGAAUAAGGCUAUAAUCCAACAAAAUGUUGAAAAGUCAAGGGGUCUGAAUACUUUCCGAAUGCAUUGUAUAUAUAACACAGACAAAUGUAGUUUUUGGCUGCACUGGACCUUUAAAGCUUUUUGCAUGUUUAAAAUGUUUUGUUUAAGUAAUGUAUGUUGUAUUUAAAAGGUCUGUUGCUACACCUUCUCAUAUGUUAAAUGUCAUUUGCAGGAUGUCUUGUGCAUGUUUUUAAGUCACUUUGUUAUGAAGCUUAAUGUAUAUUUCACGUAAUAUUGUUUCAUAUGGCUAUGUGUGUAUGACAUCUUGUUGUAGAGCUUUGUGAAUGUGUUCUAUCAGUUCAUUACAGCAUGUAAGUAAUUUGAUACCUCUUAAAAGCUACAGUCUGAGAUUUGAAAAACAAGUGUCCCUGCGUCCCUGCCACUCGUUUUGGGUGCAGCUGAGGGAUAGGGCUAGGACAAUUUCGGUUUAUGACAAAGACAGACAGUUGUGCUGAAGGCAUUUAUAAGAAUUUUCUUCCAGAAUCAAUGGAUAAAUAUGAAGAAUUGAAAUAACCAUUAAACAGCUUCCCAAGUU